GUCUGAGUUGGUGUCCUGCUGCUUUUUAUCAGCCAUAAUCAUUCAAAGUAAUCAUAAUGAUUUUAUCUGCAAAUGGUUCCCCUGCACUCUGCAUGCUGCAGUCGAAUCGUAGCCGAAUCGUAACAAUGCCUAUGGAGACCAAUGAUUCCAAAAAGGAUACUCCUGCUUCCCUUAAGAAGUACCUCGUCCUUCUUAUUCUUAACGCCUGGCUGAGAGCAUCCUGGUCUCAGGCGGCUUUCAUCUUCUCCAGCUCCAACCACACCACCCAACUCCAACCCAGCAUGACCGUCCUGCUGUGGUACUGGCCGUUCAAACAGGUGGAGGACCUCCGCGGGGACGUGUGCUGGGACCUCUACCGCAUCCCACGCUGCAGAGUCGUGGUAGAGAGGUCUUUGUUUUCAAAGGCAGACGUGGUGGUGUUCCACAACCAAGAGCUUAAGACUAAAUGGGAGAAACUGCCAAUGAAGCUCCCCAGGCCGCCGGGCCAGAGGUGGGCUUGGCUGUCCCUGGAGUCCCCUGCCAACAAUGGAGAUCUGAGGAGGUUUGCGGGUGUUUUCAACCUCACCAUGAGCUACAGGAGGGAUGCAGAUGUCAGCAUUCCAUACGGUGAGCUUCUACCACGAGGACCUGAAGAUGUAGUGGAGGACAACCUACAGAAUAAAACCGAUCUGGUCUGCUGGGUGGUCAGCAACUUCAGGCUUUCCCACACAAGAACCAAAGUGUACCAAGAACUCACAAAGGUCAUCCCUGUGAAGGUCUACGGAAGACUGACCACCCCCCUCAAGCCGAAAGACCUUCUUCCCACCCUCUCUCGCUGCUACUUCUACUUGGCCUUCGAAAACUCCCUCUCCAAAGAUUACAUCACCGAGAAGCUGUGGAGGAACGCUUACCAAUCCGGGGCGGUUCCGGUGGUCCUGGGAGCGCCGUUGCAAGAUUACAAAGCUGUGGCGCCUCCUCACUCUUUCAUCCACGUUGACGAGUUUGCUUCGGUGAAAGAGCUGGCAGAGUAUCUGCACAAUCUGGCGGGCGACCCCGAGCGCUAUGGCGAGUAUCUGCGAUGGAAGACAGACUGGAAGGCAAAGUCGUACGAGAGCUGGAGGUGGGUACUGUGUCAGGUCUGCGCGCAGUACCACAGCUUCCCUCAGCACAAGGUCUACGCUGACCUGGCAACCUGGCAAGCCAAGGCUACGGUCUGAGCUUGCAGCGUACACAGGAACACAGGAGGAACCUCUGGAGUCCAUCGUUAGCAUCCAGGAAAUAUUUGUUCCUCGUCACAAAAAAUGUGUAAUGUGGGCGCUCCCAUUGUUUUCACACCACGAUAACUGUACGUUACUGAAAUAUUGUGUUAAAUAAUAAUAACUUGUAAUAUAAUCAUUUUCCCUCGUUAGAAAUAUUUGGUGUGGUUUGUUCGCCGUGUGCCACUGGAAAUAAAGUAUUCUUCUAGUUGAAGUUUAAGUUGGGACUUCUCGGGGAGAGCAAAAAGGAGUUAGUUGCAGUAAUCAACAUGAGAGACAGCGAGGGGAGGGAGAGACCAUGGGGAGCUGUCCAUGGUGAGGUUGAAACUGCAGACUUUGGAAAGUAAUGCUUUUUAUUUCCGAGAGCCAGGCAUUGAGAGAGGAGGGAGGGAGUAUGAAGUGGUAGAGCUGGGUGUCGUCAGCAAAGCGGUGGAACUGGAUAAUAAACCCGGGAAAGGAGCCAGAUGAUGUAAAGAAGGGGCCCCAGAACAGAGCCCUGAGGCACACCUGUAGUGACAGUGGAGAGGUUGGACUUGAAAAACUUGAGCUGUAUGAACUUGGCACAAUCUGUGGGACGUGCGGUCUGUGGGAUAUGAGUGAA